CCCCCCCCGUUUGUACCAUGGCGGACGAGGGUGAUGGGGGACAACAUGGCCCCACCAGGCUGGUGCAGGCAGAGCACAGGCGGGAGCUGGAGGAGGAGCUUCGUGACCUCAGCAACCAGGUGGCAGCGCUGGGGCGGAGCCUGGUGGAGGAGCGGGGGCGGAGCCUGGCAGCGGGCGGGGCCCUGCGGGCACUGGAGAUAGCGGUGGGCGGAGCCCAGGCCCGGGUGGGCGGAGCCUAUCGGGCACGAGACCGGGCCUAUGAGCGCCUGCGCCAGCAGCAGGAGGCGGGGCAUCAGCUGUGGGCGGAGCUGGAGGCUGCACGUGCCGCGCGGGCAGGGGCGGAGCUCCGGGCGCAGGAGGCGGAGUCACGGCGUCGCGUCAGGGAGGCGGAGCUGGAGCGGCUGCGGCAGGCGGUAGCGGCAGCCCAGCACGCCCGGCGGCAGGCGGAGCGGGAGCGCGAUGACGUGGCAGCCCACGUGCCACGCCCACCCAGCCCCGCGGGGGGCCGGGACCCCGGGGACCUGCAGGCGACGCUGGCGGAGCUGCGGGAGCAGAACCGGGCGCUGCAGCAGCGACUGCACCAGCGGCAGGCCCAGGCGGAGGAGCUGCAGCGGGCGCUGGUGGCGGCGGGGGCAGAGGCACGGGAGGCGGCGGGGGCGCGGGCCCGGCUGGAGCAGGAGCAGCGGGUGCUGCGGGGGCGACUGCAGCACCCAAGGGUGCCCCCGGGUCCCGCUGAGGCCACCCUGCGCGCCCGCUGCCUCCACCUCCAGGAGCUCCUGCACCGCGAGGCCGGGGCACGGGCGGCGCUGAGCCGGGCGGCGCGGGCAGCGGGGCGGCGCCUGCGGCUGCUGCUGGCGGAGGCGGAGGAGCAGCGGCUGCGGGGGGAGCGCUACCGCCUGCAGGCGCAGGCUGUGGAGGCGUCAGGGCGGGCGCUGGGCGAGCGGGUGGCCGCGGUGGCCGCGGGGACGGCCCGUGCACGAGCCCAGGGCCACCGACUGCGCCAGGCGCUCGAGGACGUCGGGGACGGAGCCGCGGCCACCGCGCGCCAUGUGGCCGCCCUGCGGGCUCGCCUCAGGUGCGACCCGCUGACGCUGUCCCGCAUGGUGCGCCGCAUGCUGCGGGAGGAGGACGAGGACAGCGAGGACAGCGAGGACAGCGAGGACAGCGAGGACAGUGGGUCCCCUCCCUGGACCCUCAGGGAGCUCCUCGAAACUGCCCCCAGCUCCAGGGGGGGCCUGGAAACUGUCCCCAGGGAGACCCACCAAAAGGCUGCUGGUCCUGGGGGUGGCCUGGAAACCACCCUCGGCCCCGGGGGGAGCCUAGAAACCACCCCCAGUGCUGGGGGGGAGCCUUGA